AAAAUCAACUCCACCAUUAGCAGGUACACCCCCCACCCCCCACCCCCCACCCCACCCCGCGUAUUCGGUAUCUCGUGUAAGCAGGGGUGACUGUGUACGCAUACGAGUCUGUGCGUAUAUGCUGCGUCAAUUUACGUCUCUGUUCAACACCGAUUCAAUUGGUUGAUCAGCUUUUCAACUCCCGAAAUUGAUUGCGUAUGCUCAAUUAUUGAAGUUGAUGAUGCUAGCAAUGAAUUCCUGUUGAAGCUCGCAAUCUGUAGAUGCUUCUAGAUUAAAGCAAUGAUCAGAGUGCCAGUGUCUUCAGGUGGAUGAAUACGAUAAUUUUACAGAGAUGGGAGGUUGCUGCUGUUGCUGUGCGUCUGAUGUAACUGAGCGUAACAGGUCACCUCCAUUCUUUCAUCAUCCAGUAUCUGAAGAGCACGAACCCUUAUCAUCCCAUAAUGAAAUCUCUACCUUCUCUACCGGGCUAUUGGUUGAUACAAAUCUAGACACGUCAGUUCCAGACACUUACCGACCACCUCCUGCGCCCAUACCUUAUGAAACAUAUAUAGGCCGCCCAUCUACACCGUCCAGGAAUCAAGAAGGAUCUGGAGAUGAGGUAGAAGUGGCUUUGGGAAUCACUAAUGUAGUGCGUGUUGAAGACAUUAACAAUGGCAACACAUUGGAAACUAAGGUGAAGAAACAACCUGAUGAAAAUGAAGAGAAGGAUAUUGACCUGGAAGCAUCAAAAUUAAUGGAAGAUGAAAGUUCAGAUGAGCUUAAAAAGUCCAGCAAACUUCUUGACCCACCUAUAAUAGAUGAGGAUGAUUGCCCCAUUUGUCUCGAAGAAUAUGUUGAAGAGAACCCAAAGAUCCUCACAAAAUGCGAUCAUCAUUUUCACCUUGCUUGUAUACUUGAAUGGAUGGAAAGAAGUGAUAUCUGUCCUGUGUGUGAUCAGGUCGAAAUUGUUGCGCGGCAUAUUGUCACUAUCAAAAAUCUGUUGCUGUUUCAAUAGAAUAUUUUGCCCAUUUUAAAAAUACUGAAUAUAUGCUUUUCUGAAUGCAGGAAAUGGUUAUCAGUCCUGCUGCAGGAGUUUAGUUACUGUAAAUACUGCAUUAUGUCUUACCUACUGUGUGAUAAUGGACGAUGAAUGAAUCUGCUCAGUCUGUUUUGCCACAUCCUUAGCUUGUAGUUUGCUCGUCAUGUUGUCUCUUGAGACGUCUGUAAAUUUGAUUCACUUACUUUGAACUAUGAGAGGAUCUGAGGAUUCGAGGAAAAAAGGAAACGGAAAAGGAAUGGGGGAGAAGCUCAAGAAUUUAAAGGUGCAUGAUUUCAGGCAAAUUAACCAAUAUGAUUUUUGAAUAUUCUUGUGCAAGGAGGUGAAGAACAUAUAUGGUUCUUGACUAUUUUGUUGAAAGAGAAGAAGAAGUGUUUGCUUUCCCAUUGCCUUUGACACUGUUAUUGCUGCAAUGGCUUACUAAUCCUGCUGCAUCAGCUACCCAUGGUUUGUUCGUCUUUAGCAGGUUCGUGUCCUGAACUCUGAUUAUUGUCUUGUCUGUCUCCUACAGUGAAACUUCGAUCCCCCUCUUUUACAAACAAUCACUGGGUUGUCGUGUUGAAGGUUUUGUGUUGUAGUUAGAUGUAAAGAACAUGAUUGCAUGGAUUCAUUUGUAUAGAAGAUACAGAUUUUGGAAUGCAAUCUCAUACCUAAUUAGUUUUUUGA